AGGUAGGAGAACCUUUUAUUGGACGACUGAUUGAUUGAUAUGAACCCUGAUAUGGACGUGUUCUUGUCCUACUGUCUUUUGUGCCUAUUCUUUUCUUGCUUUAUUGCGCAAGACGGAUUACAGAUUCAUUUUUAACCAAAAUCAAACAGUUUUGUUAAAAAUAAUUAAUAUAUCAUGAUUUUUUUUUAAUCUAAAACCAUCAAAGGAAAAAUUUUAGAUUAGGAAUCGCAAACAGUUUUAGCGUUACAGAAACCCUGGUGUAUAUCGUGUGCAGCGCACCUAAAUAUGCUGACUGAGGAGGGAGUGGCAUGUCUAAGUAUCUCUCUCAUCUACCUCGCUCGCCAUCCGCAACGACGGGGUAGCCCACCUCGACCUACUUCGGGCUGCGUUCGGGCCCUUUAAUUCCGAGCCGUCGCAUUUACCGUACCAUCCUUUCGUCAAGCGACCCGACACACUCUUUUCACUAUGGGCACCCGGUCGUCACUCAUGUUACAAGAAGAAGAAAUCCAAGAGAUUCAGCAGGAGACUGGCUUCUCGGCCAACCAGAUCGAGCGGUUGUACAGCCGAUUCACAAGCCUGGACAAGACUGACAACGGUACACUGAGCCGUGAAGAUUUCCUACGGAUUCCGGAACUGGCAAUCAACCCCUUGGGAGAUCGGAUCGUCCACGCGUUCUUCAUGGACGCUUACGACGAUCGCAUCAACUUUCGCCAAUUCACCCGCGUCCUGUCCCGAUUUCGCCCCCUGAAGAAAAACAAGGAGAACAAGCUCAACAGUCGCGAGGAAAAGCUACACUUUGCAUUCAAGAUGUAUGAUUUGGACGAUGACAACAAAAUCUCCCGUGACGAACUGCUGGCGGUCCUUCACAUGAUGGUUGGAGCCAACAUCUCGGACGAGCAGCUGGCAAGUAUUGCCGAUCGGACAAUUAUGGAAGCAGACAAGGACGGAGACAACAUGAUCUCCUUUGAAGAGUUUUGUGCAACGUUGGACAAGACAGACGUCGAAGAGAAGAUGAGCAUCCGGUUCCUCAACUAGGGCUGCUCCAAAGGAACAGCUCUGAGCCAGAGUUCCCCCAGAGAGACGAAGGAGCAUUAACUUAUUAGCCACAAAUAGACCUGCUUAUUUUUUGCAGGCCUGUUCUAUUUUCUUGCAUAGCGCUAGAGAAGACAUGGAUGGCAUUCCAGUGUGGACUUUUCCAUGUAUUGCGGCAGGCACCAGUGGGUAAAAUAUAAAACAUUUGUUGAAUGUAA